GCUACAUUAAUGACCGCUCUCAGCGUGAAUAUCCUGUUUUAUGUAAGAGUGGGUUAUCUGUUUGCAAUAGAACCCGUCUCCUCGUUCAGAGGUGAGUCUCCUCAGCUCCUCCGCGGCGCUGCUCCUGUGCGUCCUUUUACAUCUCCGCGCCCUCCAACUGGAGACAGUCACGGCGCGCACCAUGCCAGGAGCGCAUCGGAGCAUUGCCUCGUCCUUUCUGUCUCGAGCUCUGCGCAAUACGUUAUGGGAUUGCUAAGAAAAUGACCUAAACUAUUGAGAGUUAUGACUCCUCGAAACCAGUGAAAUAGUUCUGAUGAAUUCCUAAAGGAGAAGAAAAAGAUGACACAUAAGCUCUGAAGAAGUGGCGCAUAUUUUCUGACUGGUGCGACUAAACCCAGCUACAGGUGGGAUGCCGUAAUCAGCUUUGGACAGGGAGACAUCAUGGAGCCCCGGAUGUUCCCAUCAUCCACACCAAACCUAACGGAGCACAUUUUGUGUGACAGCUUCAUGCAGGGGAAUGAGUCCAGCAAUAAUGGAAGCUACGAAAACCCCAGCUUCUAUCAAACCGGCACUGUGGUCAUCACAUGUAUGUACUUUCUAGUUUGCGCUAUGGGACUUUGUGGGAACGCCCUGGUCAUCUACGUUAUCCUGCGCUAUGCCAAGAUGAAGACAGUCACCAACAUCUAUAUUCUCAAUCUGGCGGUAGCAGAUGUGCUCUUUAUGCUAGGACUGCCAUUUAUUGCCAUCCAGCUGGCACUGGUCCACUGGCCCUUUGGGCCUGUGCUCUGCAGGGUCGUUAUGACGGUGGACUCUCUGAACCAGUUCACGUCCAUCUUCUGCCUGAUGGUAAUGAGCAUUGACCGCUACUUGGCAGUGGUGCAUCCCAUAAAGUCUACAAAGUGGCGAAAACCACGCAUCGCUAAAACUAUUAAUUUAGCCGUAUGGGGAGUUUCACUGCUAGUCAAUCUGCCCAUCGUUAUCUACAGUGGUGUGAUUACAAAGCACAAUAGUUGCUUCUGCACCAUUGUGUGGCCAGAACCUCAAGACACCUACUACACAGUUUUCAUGUUCUACACCUUCAUUCUGGGCUUCUUCCUUCCCCUAAUGGUCAUCUGCCUCUGCUACCUGCUCAUCAUCAUCAAGGUCAAGUCUUCAGGCAUCCGAGUAGGCUCCUCCAAAAGGAAGCAAUCAGAACGCAAGGUCACCCGGAUGGUUUCCAUUGUUGUGGCUGUGUUUGUGUUCUGCUGGCUGCCUUUCUACGUUUUCAACGUCACCUCGGUGACAGGUAGCAUCAGCACCACCCCCAUCCUGAGGAGCACCUUUGCCUUCGUGGUGGUUCUAGGAUAUGCCAACAGCUGUGCCAACCCAAUCCUCUAUGCCUUCUUAUCAGAGAACUUCAAGAAGAGCUUCCAGAAUGUUCUCUGCCUUAAAAAGGUAGGAGGGCUGGACGAGGUUGAUCGCAGUGACAGUCGGCAGGACAAAUCUCGCAUGAUGAAUGACCCAACAGAGACCCAGAGUACUUUGCUCAAUGGUGACCUGCAGACCAGCAUCUAGCAAGUUUUACCAACCCAUUUAAGAUGUCCUCUGAAAGGCUUAAAUUAUUAGGCCUCAUUAAACUGAAAAAUACAAGGCACCAUAUCAGUUGGGCUUCUCAGUGUUAUAGAGAACCUAAACAAGAAAUCACAGGUUCAUACAAAUCUCCUUAGUAAGCUAUAAGAGAGUACUUCAUGAAGGAGACCUGAGGGAACAUAACAAGCAAUGACACCUACUUGGCAAAUGGUCCCCUGGGUGACAUGGAUUUUCUCUGGAGACUCAGUAUUAUAUAUGUUGUUUACAACAGAGGACCUGCAUCAAGUUUCCCAGCAAUGUUUGAAAAUUACAAUAGAACAACACAGCACUGUAAAAGAACAUGUAGUUAUUUGAGCUGCCAGUAAUGAUGCCCUGGAAAGUAAAUAUUUCUGUAAAUAGCUGUGCAUAUAAUGGACAAGACAUAAAGAUUGUUUAAAAAUGGACCAAUAUUGUCAUGCAGCUUUUAAUUAUAACCCUAGCUUAGCCGUGUUUAAUGUGAAACAUCCUUCUGUGGCAAAAUGUAAUGAACUUCAGUGCUCUUGUGUUGAUUUUUUUUUUCUGUGGGUAGUUCACUUGUGAUAUACCAAAUGUAAAUGUCAGUAACAUUUGUUUCAUGCAUUAUUGAGGCAAUAGCCCAAUAAAUCUGCAUCUCUGGCAACAUACAUCACAGCGUUAAGCUAGAAAGUUUUUCUUGCUGGUGUUCAU